CUGCAAAUAUUUCUAGUAUAUGUAUCAGAAGGCAUGCCAAGCAACUUCUCUUUCUUCCCCUCCCCAUUUCUGUUCUCCAUUAUAAAGAAAGAUUUGAUGAUUGUUUCACUAUGUCUUCGAUGAUCUCCCAUAUAGGAUGCUGCUGUCUCAGUCUCUCUCUCUCUCUCUCUCUCUCUCUCUAAUAGUUAGCUCCUACCAUAGGUUUCCCAGAUGGUAUCUUCAACAAGCAAAGGAUGGAACAAUGUUCUCAAGCCACUGCAACCUGAUCUGCGCAUAGUUAGGCUGCUGAAACGAACCUGUCAUUAGGAAAUCAAUAUCGGACAGGAUGGGCUGAAAUGAUGUGUCCUAGUUUACCGGGCACGAAUCUUGACCUUAAUAUAUUUCCAUGUAGCUUAGAUAUCAACAAAUCUUUCAGAGCCUUGCUUUGUCAGUCCAACCACAGUUUUGACUGAUCAACUACACUGUUCGAAGUAGAAGCAAUUAAAUAUCGACAUGUGUACUGGUAAGGGCUUCAUAAGCCACGUUGGUCACGGUCAAACCUAUUGGGACCAAGAACACAUGGAUAGAGACUCGGCCAAAACCCUAGGCAAAAGCCAUGGUCACCAGACUCCAACCCUCUCAUCGUUGCAUGCAUGGCGGCAGACAGGCUCUAAGCACCCGUAUCUUCCAUCCACGCAUACGUAGAACCGCGUUCAAGUUUUCUUCUCCAUGCUUUGAACUUUGCUCCACGGUUUGAGUGCUCCAAAGUACCAACUGGGACGAAGGCAUAUUUAAUUGUUAGGGACCAGUUUUCAAAAGCAUACUGUCUGAGUUAUAUCUGGGAAGGAUGGAAGUGUUUGGAAUCCUGGGUAGCUACUCUCCUUACAUCUCUAGAGCAAUCUCACCUUAGAGGUCUCUGUGGACAUGGGGUGCAUAAGGUUAAGGUUCCUUUUUCUUGCGCUUUUGAUCUGCUCGGUUACUCUUGCUGACUCUAUUGCAAGCGCUCGCAGUGUGGUUGAAGUACUGACGGAGAAGAAUGGUGGUGCAAUGGGUGUCGAUGAGGAAGUACUUCCUGGCAGCACGACAAGCAGGAGCAGAUGGCUGUGGGGAAGGAAGAUGAGCGCAGAAAGGUUGGAGAAGAAGGACACAGUGGAAACAGGUGCAAAACCUUAUGCUGGAAAGUGUAAACAUGGAGGGAAGAGGGGACCGGCAAAGAUCUCCGAAGAGAAGAUACUUGGUUCAACAACAAAGAUGCAUGAUAAGGAUUCCAGAAGAAUUAGCAUACCUAAGCCAAGGCCAAAAACCACUGUCAAAAAGCAUACAAAAGGGAGUUCAGGUGAGGCAGUGAAGCCAAAGGCAACAGCACAAGCAGCCUCCCAUGGAUCAUCCCAUGACCCAUUCCAGAGAAUUCAACCUAAGAAACAACUGGAUGCAGUCACUGAGAUGUUCAACAUGCUGCACAAGGACUACCAAACCAAGGCUCGCCGCAGGCCUCCCAUCAACAAUGACACUCCUUUGAAGCAUCUUGAUGCUAAGCCCUAGGCAGAAGAUGGCCUCUCUCUCUCUCUCUCUGCUGGCUUGGUACUGUAAAGGGCUUAGGUCAUAGUUGUUCUUUGAUCAGCACAUAAUAGAUAUUUGGAUAUAGGAGUGGUCAAUAAUGCCUACAAGCCUCUUCAGUCCUUCCUACCUGUUUGCUUCCAAGCACUGAUAGGUUUGGACAAUUUUGGCAGUAGAUGAGCUUGAGGCCUUGUUUCAAAUCUUCAACUGUAAUCUUGUACCACAAGAUGCUUUCAGAUGUGCUUUCUUA